AUGGAUUUCAAUCGGCCAGAAGAAAAUAUGGUGUACAAUUUUUGCGGCAUGCAACAGUGUUGCGAUGAGAUGGUUAAUAAUGUACAUUACAAAUCUGAUGCGACAACUUUUGUUAACGUUGAUAGCGAAGAACAAAAUGAUUGGAACUCACCUUCGAGUUACUUUGAACUCAAUAAAUCUGUUUCAGUGGAAUCGAGAAUAAACGAGGCAGCACUGUUGCUGAAACAAACUAUGGAAUUACAAGCUCCACAUCUAAUCUGCGAUCGCAGAGGUCAUUCACAGGUAUUUAAUUCAGAACUGAAAAGUUUUACUCUUUAUUUCUUUACAAAAUUUCUUACUUAUUUUGUUUGGAAUCAAAAAUUCGUCCAUUUUGAAAGUUUGAAAUAAUC